GUGGAAGGAUCCACAUUGGGCCUCAUCAUGUCUCGGCGAAGCCAGCGCCUCACGCGAUACUCCCAGGGGGACGAUGACGCGGGCAGCAGCAGCAGCGGUGGGAGCUCCAUCACGGGGAGCCAGAGCACCCUGUUUAAAGACAGUCCUCUCAGGACCUUGAAGAAGAAAUCCAGCAACGUAAAGCGUCUCUCCCCAGCACCACAGCUGGCCCCUCCUUCUGACGCACACACCUCCUACUACAGCGAGUCUGUGGUCAGAGAGUCCUACAUAGGCAGCCCCCGGGCCGCCUCCCUGGCCAGGACCGCCCUCCUCGACAGGAGCUCCCUCCUGGACGACCAGCUACACAGCGACCCCUACUGGAGUGAGGAUCUGCGGGUGAGGAGGAGGAGGGGCACUGGUGGGACCGAGAGCAGCAGGGUCAACGGGCUGAUGGAGAACAAGAGCUCCGAGGACUUCCUUGCCUCCUCCUCGGGCUACUCUUCUGAGGACGAUUACAUAGGCUACUCGGCGGAGCUGGACCAGCGGAGCUCAGGUUCACGGCUGAGGAACGCGGUCUCUCGGGCAGGCUCUUUUCUCUGGGUGGUGCUCACUUCUCCAGGCAGACUCUUUGGGCUUCUCUACUGGUGGGUUGGCACCACCUGGUACCGCCUGACCACAGCCGCCUCCCUCCUGGACGUGUUCGUUUUAACCAGGCGUGUCUCGUCCCUGAGGACGUUCCUCUGGUUCCUCUUGCUGCUGCUGCUCCUCACCUGCCUGACUUACGGUGAGAUUCCAGAGCCUGGGAAUGGCACAUCUCGGGGAGCACAGUUGUCUGAUGACACAGGCUACUCACCUCCCUGCUGUUCCCCUUCCCCCCACCAGGCCGAACAGCGUAUCCUGUCCCAAGUACACUCUCUGGAGCGGCGCCUAGAAGCUCUUGCUGCCGAAUUUUCCUCCAACUGGCAGAAGGAGGCCAUGCGGCUGGAGCGCCUGGAGCUGCGGCAGGGGGCCACCGGAGAGGGCGGUGGCCGGGGGGGCAGCCUGAGCCACGAGGACACCCUAGUGCUCCUGGAAGGGAUCGUGAGCCGCCGUGAGGCUGCCCUGAGGGAGGACUUCCGCAAGGACAUGGCUGCCCGGAUCCAGGAAGAGCUGGCCAGCCUGAGAGCAGAACACCAACAAGACUCCGAAGACCUCUUCAAGAAGAUUGUCCAGGCUUCCCAGGAGUCUGAGGCUCGUCUCCAGCAACUGAAGUCGGAGUGGCAAAGGAUGACCCAGGAAUCCUUCCAGGAGAGCUCCAUGAAGGAGCUGGGGCGGCUGGAGGGCCAGCUGGCAGACGUGCAGCAGCAGUUGGCAGCCCUGGCCCAGAAGCAGGGCUCUGUGGAGGACCGUGUGGGCCUGCUGCCCCAGCAGCUCCAGGCUGUGCGUGAUGACGUAGAGUCGCAGUUCCCUGCCUGGGUCACUCAGUUCCUUCUCCAAGGCGGGGCGGCCCACCUGGGAUUCCUGCAGCGAGAGGAGGUGGAAGCCCGGCUGCAGGAGCUGGAGGGCAGGAUCCUCACCCACGUGGCAGAGAUGCAGGGCAAGUCUGCAAAGGAGGCUGCGGCCAGCCUGGGGCUGACGCUGCAGAAGGAAGGCGUGACUGGCGUGACGGAGGAGCAAGUGCGCCACAUUGUCAACCAGGCCCUGAAGCGCUACAGUGAGGACCGCAUUGGGAUGGUGGACUACGCUCUGGAGUCAGGAGGGGCCAGUGUUAUCAGCACGCGCUGCUCUGAGACCUACGAGACCAAGACAGCCCUCCUCAGCCUUUUUGGCAUCCCCCUGUGGUACCACUCCCAGUCGCCCCGGGUCAUUCUCCAGCCAGACGUGCACCCAGGCAACUGCUGGGCCUUCCAGGGCCCCCAGGGCUUUGCCGUUGUACGCCUUUCUGCCCGCAUCCGCCCCACUGCCAUCACCUUGGAGCAUGUGCCCAAAUCCCUGUCACCCAACAGCACCAUUUCCAGCGCCCCCAGGGACUUUGCCAUCUUUGGGUUUGACGAAGACCUACAGCAGGAGGGGACACUUCUUGGGAAAUUCACCUACGAUCAGGACGGGGAACCCAUCCAGACGUUUCACUUUCAGGACCCUAAGAUGGCCACAUACCAGGUGGUGGAGCUGCGGAUCCUGACCAACUGGGGCCACCCUGAGUACACGUGCAUCUACCGCUUCAGGGUGCACGGGGAGCCUGCCCACUAG